AUCCUACAGUAGAGGCAUUCUUUCAAUGAAUUUAUUUAGAAAAAAAUUUAUUUGAAGGAAUAGGCUAACAUAUUCUAUAUUAUGUACAUAUAGGAUGUUCUAUUAUCUAUGGUUCUACCCCUGCUCUGAGUUCUAAGAAUACUAAAGUCAAUUUUUUUUAAAUAGGCCUAAGGGUCAAACAUCGGAAAUAAUCUAAGUUGACCUUUUGCGAUUCUAUCUAAACAUUUUAGAUUUCUAAAAACAGGACACUGGCCAAUCUUUGUUUUAUUUGUAACAUUGCGUGGUGAUAUGGAAGUUAAUACUAGAAAAUCUCCUAGUCCACGCAAGGGGGGAUAAAGGUUACGCAAACUGGCCCAUGCAAGUGGCCACGGCGACGUUGUUUUUGUGUACGGCGCAGGAGGCCAGUUGCCACGGGUAACGGCUUGGGUGACCGGAGUAAUUGCUUGUGGGGUUCCACAAAGGAAAAUUGGACCGUAAAUACUCUCGGAUGUCAGGGCAUUUUUUCCGAUAAAAAGAGUGACAUUGAUCUGAUAAGAAUGGCUUUGUAGUGAAACAAUAAUCCGGUAAUCGGUCAACAAGCGCCUGAAGUUGUCAGUCGUAGGCUUGCUGAUCGGCUGCGUUUCCGGAGAUGAUCCUGGUCCCAUGCAGGUACACGGCAGCUAUAGGUAGUGUGUUUGUAGCCUAGCGUGUGCUGCGUCAUGGAGAUGUACGAGAACUUGGGGAUGGUCGGGGAGGGCAGCUACGGUGCCGUCAUGAAGUGUCGACACAAAGAGUGUGGAAGGAUUGUGGCCGUUAAGAGGUUUCUGGAGUCAGAAGAUGAUAAAACGGUCAAAAAGAUUGUCCUGAGAGAGAUCAAGAUGCUCAAGCGCCUACGCCAUGAGAACUUGGUAAACCUGCUGGAGGUGUGGAAGAAGAGGCGUCGCUGGUACCUGGUCUUUGAGUUCGUCGAACGUACGGUGCUGGACGACCUGGAGCAAAGUCCAAGUGGACUGGAUUACUGCCGUCUCAGACGAUACCUCUACCAGAUACUGAGAGCUGUCUCCUUCUGUCAUCAACACAAUAGUGUUCUCUCUGCGGUCCAGAUCAUCCACAGGGACAUCAAACCCGAGAACAUCCUGGUGUCCCAUGGGGGCGUGGUUAAGCUGUGUGACUUUGGCUUUGCCAGGACCAUGGCAGCGCCGGGGGAGAAUUACACCGACUACGUAGCCACGCGCUGGUACCGGGCUCCAGAACUGCUGGUGGGCGACACCAAGUAUGGCAAGGCUGUAGAUGUGUGGGCUAUUGGUUGUCUGUGUGUGGAGAUGUUGACAGGAGAACCAUUGUUUCCUGGAGACUCUGACAUAGACCAGCUGUACCUCAUUAUACGCUGCUUAGGCAACCUCACUCCCCGUCAUAAGGAGUUGUUCUAUGAGAACCCUGUGUUUUCAGGAGUCAAUCUGCCAGAAGUCUCUGACAGAGAACCCCUUGGACAACGCUACCCCAAACUAUCUGCUACAACUAGAGACUUGACACAGACAUGUCUCCAGACAGACCCUGACAGAAGACCCCACUGUUCUGACCUUCUGGAACACCAGCUGUUUACUAAUGAUGGCUUCCACCUCAGGUUUCUCCAAGAGUUGAAGGCCAAGAUCCAAAGGGAUCAGAAGGAGACCUGCUGUCUUCCCAGGAUGAACAAGGCUCCCAAGAAAGAAAACGGCAAGGAGCAGACUGGGAAAAACAAGGAUUCCAGCAGAACACCAGUGAAAACAUCAGAAAGUCUGUCAGUCACCAAAACUGACACCACCAUACAAUCUAAACACAGAGACUUGGACAGGACCCCAUCAGAGUCUAAACCCAGAAACACAACGCUGACAGACUCUAAACUCCGAAAAAUGAUCCUCACAGACUCUAAACCCAGAAACACGACCCUCACUGACUCUAAACCCAGAGAGAUGACCCUGACAGACUCUAAACCCAGAGAAAUGACCCUGACAGACUCCAAACCUUGUGAAACCACCCUGACAGACUCUAAACCACGAGAAAUGACCCUGACAGACUCUAAACCUCGAGAAACCACCCUGACAGACUCUAAACCACGAGAAAUGACCCGGACAGACUCUAAACCCCAAGAAAUGACCCUGACAGACUCUAAACCCCAAGAAAUGACCCUGACAGACUCUAAACCCAGAGAAAUUACCCUGAGAGACUCUAAACCCAGAAACAUGAACCUGACAGUCUCUAAACCCCAAGAAAUGACCCUGACAAACUCUAAACCCAGAGGCAUGGACAAGACCCCCACAGAGACAACCACUAUGACCACAACCAUGACCAAGACUGUGGCGGUUAAACCCAGACCCGAGGAUUUGGAGAGGGACGCAGAGAACCAUGUGGUCACAGUCAACCACGGUCGAAUGACAACCAUGUCCAGAGACAAGGAUAAGAAACAUAUGAACCUCUUCAGCAGAAUCUCACAACAGUCUCUGUCUAGUCCCUUGACUGGCAAUCUAAAAUCUCAGAUGAUUAAAGAGAAGAGUGUGAUCCACGAGCGUUCCUUCCUGUUUGACCUUGAUGGCGUGGUCGGUAAGAGGAAACCGGAUGUUCUGCGGUCAGAGUUUCACUUCCCUGAACUCAAACCCCCACUGUCGGAGCUACGAGGAGCUGAGGGGAAACCGAUUAAAGCCUGCAACAAGGAGCAGAAGAACGACAGACCCAUUCCUUCCAUUACGGACAUACACACAACAACACACAACAACACACACCAACACACACACGCACCAUCUCUGAACCACACGCCAACACACACAACAACACACCACAAAAUGGAGACACACCACUAUUGAUCCCCACUGAAAGGGUGUGCUCACCGAGCACUUACCGUUUUUUCAGUUGCUUAAGCACAAUUGUGAAAACAGGGCCCGAUUUUUCAAACCCCUUCAGACAAUUAAUACAACACUACACCAAAGUAGCACAAUACCUCAGAUCAUUUGCAAAAUUGAACACUUUUGUCAAAACCUUUUUUGUGGUCAUAACAUAAACCAAACCAUCAUAUGGUCUGAUUCCGUUUGAAUCAGUCAAACACUCAACCUAAAACACUAUGACCAUUUACACAGAGAAAGUGGAAAAAUAAAUUCACCAAAACCACUUGACACCAAUUGUGCAGACUAAUGAAAUUAUUUAUUUAUUUUCAUGUACUCAAGUCAGUCAGUACUGAACAUUUCAACAUAACAUUCAUAGCACAACAUUUUCCAGUUUUCAUACAGUAAUACUGUAACAUAAAUUACAUAUCCAGUUCAGUACCGGAAAAAAAAGGAAAUGACUAAACAUCUCUCUGCCUAGCUGGAUCUGGCCACAGGGCCUUGUCAGCAUCACAGGCUAUUUUCAUUUGCAAGGCAACGUGGGAAGAAUCUUUUGGAGUGAUGAAUCCGUCCUUGUAUGGAUGCUGCUUCAAUUUGAUCACAUGCUUCCUCCAUAGCUUGAAUGAGGGCCACCUGGACAUCGGGCCGGAGAUCAUAAACCUUCCACCGCCAUGCUGAGAAGAACUCCUGGAUGGGGUUUAGGAAGGGGGAGGAUGGUGGAAGGUACAGAAAUGUAAAUUGUGGGUGUUGACGAAACCAGUUUUGGACCAGAGCAGAAUGAUGGAAAGCUACAUGGUCCCAGACGACAAUGUAUUGCAUCUGGUCCCUUUGGUUUCCUGCUGUGGUAAUAUUGUGUAAUCUGUCUAAAAAUGUAGGAAUGAGGUCAGUGUUGUAAGGACCCAAGUUGGCAUGGCGGUGGAGGACCCCGUUCUGUGUAAUGGCAGCCCAAAGGGUAAUGUUACCCCCACGCUGCCCUGGUACUUUGACAACAGCCCUGUGGCCAAUGAGGUUUCUUCCCAUUUUUCUCACUGUUGUCAGGUUAAAUCCAGCCUCAUCAUUCUAUAUAGUUUUUUCCAACUGCUUACACACUUUUUCAAAACUAUGUCACCUUUUUUCAAAACUCUACACACAAUUCACACAAAAUGUAAAAUGGUGCUUAUCUCCUUCAAAAUGUAAGACUGCAUUAAAAAUGCCAUAAAAACAUGUCAGAAUGAAGGAUUUGCAUCAAAUGGCAAACACUUCUUUCAUUUUUGGAUAUAC